GCGCAUGCGCAUAAGGCGACGGACGCGAGGUGGGAAAAUUCAUGUUUGUGAAAUCAGCGGAAUCAUGAUUUUUAGAUCCAGUCUGUGAGUUUCCGGCUCGUUAGAGUAGAAACACACGUUCCUCAGCUCUUCACCCGUCACUCUCACUCGUCUGUCCAGCAUGAAGAUCGCAGUAGAGGGCUGCUGCCACGGGGAGCUCGACAAGAUCUAUGAGACCAUCGCCUUCCUGGAGAAGAAGGAGGGGGUGAAGGUGGACCUGCUGCUCUGCUGCGGCGACUUCCAGGCCGUGAGAAACGAGGGAGACAUGAAGUGCAUGGCGGUGCCGGCCAAGUACCGAACGAUGCAAACCUUCUACAAAUACUACUCUGGAGAGAAGAAGGCUCCGGUUCUCACCAUCUUCAUCGGAGGGAACCACGAGGCGUCCAACCACAUGCAGGAGCUUUCCUACGGGGGCUGGGUGGCACCAAACAUUUACUAUCUGGGUUACGCCGGUGUGAUUCGCUACAAGGGGAUUCGAAUCGGUGGCUUAUCUGGAAUCUUCAAAUCACGUGACUACAGAAAAGGUCAUCAUGAAUUCCCUCCAUACAACCCUGACACUCUACGCAGUGUGUAUCACAUCCGAAACAUCGAGGUGUUCAGAUUAAAACAGAUCCAGAUGCCCAUGGACAUUUUCAUGAGCCACGACUGGCCCAGAGGAAUCUACUACUACGGCAGCGUGGGGGAGCUGCUGCGCAAGAAGAAGUUUCUGCGACAGGAGGUGGAGUCAAACACUCUGGGAAGUCCUGCGGCCGAGGAGCUCAUGUCUCACCUCCAGCCCAACUACUGGUUCUCUGCUCAUCUCCAUGUGAAAUUUGCUGCCGUCAUGCAGCAUCCGCCUAAAGGUAACGCUGCUCCACGUGUGACCAAGUUCCUGUCUCUGGAUAAGUGUCUGCCCCACAGGGAGUUCCUACAGAUUGUGGAUGUUCCAGAGAGACCGGGUUCCUCAGAGGGUCUCGAGUACGAUCCAGAGUGGCUCGCUAUUCUGAAGGCCACCAACAGCCUACAGAGGACCACCCUCCACAACUGGAACCCCCCUGAGAACAAUGGCCUGCACGAACGGUGGGACUUCAGGGCUUCAGAAGCAGCUAUGAUGAAGGUGAUGGAGGAUCUCAGCGGUGACCUCUCCAUUCCAGACAACUUCAGCCGGACUGUGCCGGCCUACGACCCCAACAGGCCCCAGCACCACGCCGCCCCCAGCUACAGCACCAACCCCCAGACGACGGAGCUCUGUGCCACGUUGGGUCUCACGGACCUCUACGCCCAGGACGGGCAGCUGGGGGAGGUGGGGAAGUUCCAGGGCAGCACUGGAGGGGAGGAGGACGAUGAAGACGGGAAUAGUGUGGGAAGCGCAGACGAGCCGAGCGAGUAUCCAACCGACACCUCGGGGAUGUCCAGCUCCUGUAAUCCUGAUGAGAUCACCAUAGAGGAUGAAUGGGAUGAAGAGGAGGAGGAGGAGGAGGAGGAGGAGAACGGGUCGAAAGCAGCAGCAGCAAAGGGAGACGAGCUCCCUGACCCCCACACCCCCGCCCGCAUGGUUCUGCCUGAGCCAAAAUCCAAAGUUUCACCCAAUAACCUGUCCGACUUAAUGAAGCUGCCUCCUCCCUCCCACUCGACCCCCGCUGCCGCUCGCUCUCACUCUGGAUCAGAGAGUGAAGGAGAAGGCGAGGGGGGGGAAGAGGACGACUCCGCUUCUCGAAUCUUAAAACGUACGAGUGACGAGGCUGUGAAUCCCGGCAGCCGCGGCACGACGCCCAUGAUCAAACGCAGGAACCAGGUGAUCUACGCGGCCGUGGAGGACGAGGAGUGUGAGGAUUAGAGAGUCAGGGUGAGACGAGGCCGAAGGUGAGGACUCCUCCCACAACACAUCUGUCCCACAACGAACAAUCCUCCGUUAGUUUGUAUUGAUUUGUAAAAGUGACAUGUAUUUACUGCUUGUUUUUUAUAUACAGCUUCCAACAUGAACUGUACAAAGUAGAGUUAUGGAAGCACAAUAAUCAAUUGGGACAAAAAAUUUAGCAACAAAAGUUUCCUCAGCAGCCACAACGCAGCUGCUAAGUGUUUUCUAUAGAUUAUUUUUUAUAGAGUAAGUUCCUUUUUGUUUUACCACAAACAGCCGCUAAUCGCUCAGUGUGUAAUCUGGUAACAGACGAUGAAGCAGCUUUUUCUGUAGAAUCCUUUAAGUAAUGUCGUCAGAUACUUUGAACAGUUUGAAUUUGUCAGUUGCAAAAAUUAGAACUGCCUUAUUUUAUUAAUUUGCAUGAGCUGUUCCGUCAGGAUUCACAUUCCUGCUCAAUCUUUAAGAUUUUUGUCCUUUUCAAUCAUUUACAUCCAAAAACAUGAGAAAACUAAUCUCAGGUUGAAAUUUCAGUGGUUUAUCCUUUGGAAUUCCAUUGAAAUGUAAAUUGUAAAUGACCAAGUUAGUUUCUGCACGUAGUUUCCACAGAAGGGCAGUUACAGCCAUGACAUUCUUUAUUUGUUCAAAUGCUUUUUAUACAUUUUAAUCAGACCGAGAAAAUUUUAGAGAACAGAUUUUUGAUUUUCUGUGUUAAAUUGUUUUAUAUUUUGUAACUUUCCAAGUCAACAGCAAUGAUUAAAGAGGCUGUGUAAUUAAAAUAUUUCUUUUAAAGUGAAUAAAUGCCAGCGUACAGUCUUUAAAAUCAUUUCACAUAUCUGAAGAGAAGCAUCGUGCACGGUGCCGUUCACAGCUUUAUUGAACACGUUACAUACUGUAGGUGCAGAUGAGAAAUCAAGUCCUGUUUUUAACGACUUGUCAUAAUUGCACAGAACACUGAACGUACCUGUGAUCGCUGAAGAAUGAACAGAUGUACUUAUUGUGUGUGAUGAGCACUUAAUGUCUUUGGAGGGAUGAACUAAUUAUCAUAUCUUUUGAAUAAUAUUUGUUUCCUUCAAUUUUGAGACUUUUAAUUAGUUUGCCACAUUUUUUAAGUUUUAGAAUUUGCAUGACUUUGACAAUAAAGCGGAACAAAACCAUUUUUCCUGAACACCA